AUGUCUCUCGACCCAACGACCCAACAUGAGACUGUGGACUCAUACGUUGCCUCCCACCUCAUCCGCAAAAACGAGGGCCUAGAUCAUGCGUAUCAAAACAGCACCAAUCAAGGAUUACCAAUGAUUGCUGUCUCACCAAUCCAAGGGAAAUUCACCUCCCUUCUUGCUACCCUAAGCUCCGCCCGCAAUGUCCUCGAGAUUGGAACUUUGGGAGGUUACUCCACUAUCUGGUUUGCCGAAGCCCUGAAGGGCCGUGGCAAAGUGACCAGUAUCGAGAUAGACUCCCACAGGCGAGAUGUGGCAAUUGAAAACCUUCGAUUCGCCGGCGUCCAAGUUCCCGACGAGGUCGAUGUGCGGCUCGGAGCAGCGCUGGAUGUUUUGCCAACGCUAAAAUCCGAAAUAGAACAGGGUCAAAGAGAGCCCUUUGAUUUUAUCUUCGUCGAUGCGGAUUGGGACAACCAGGCCAACUAUUUCGACUAUGCCGUGGAGUUGUCAGCGAAGCGGGGUGUGAUAUACGUUGAUAACGCCGUGAGAAACCUGGUGGAGAGGGAGUCAUUCGGCAAGGGCGAUCCCAAGGAUGCCACGGACCUGGUGGCGAGAGCUGGGAAAGACGAUCGAGUGGAUGCCAUUGUUAUGCAGACGGUGGGGGCCAAGGAAUAUGACGGUUUUCUGCUGGCCAUUGUCAAAUAG